AGAUCAUUAGUCACAGGAGGGAGGAUCAUUGCGUGUACAAAAAGUCAUCUAUAAAUCACAAUAAGAGAAAAUCUUCAGAAGUCACGUACGGGUCAGGAAGGGUAAAAGACAUCCAUUGGAAUUUUUCAUUCCGAGAUCCAGGUAGAAAGAAUAAAAUAUUCUUUUACCUGUUGAACCCAACAAACCAACACACUGACUUCGUGGCAUAACAACGGGGGCCCGAUUUCCCACAAAUACACACGCAUUCAGCCCCCCGUUUUACCGGAGUGAACCACAAGCCCGUAAGAUCAUCAACUCCCGAAGCCGCUACAGUACAGUAUUGAUCGCUGAGUCGAUCGCACUUCCAUGAUCACCGUACCUCUUUGUUCGGCUUUUCUUCUGCAGUUGCAAGAAAUUGCGUAGAUCGUCUUGUGGUUGUGUGCGAUUGGUCUUGUCUCUUGAUCGUGUGUGUCUGGUAAAAAUGAUCGGGAGUGAUUAUGUAUUGGAGGCUCACAAUAUCUACCACACGACUGAGGUCGAUGGGGGUGGAUGCCUAGCAGGGGGUGAUACAUCGGCACUCGUUCUGAAAUGUGUCAACCUCACAGUUCACAGUGGGGAAGUAAUGGCAAUCCUCGGGUCCAAAGGAAGCGGCAAAAGGGCCCUUUUGGAUGUUAUUGCAAGACGCGGAGAUGGAUCAACAAGGGGGCAGGUUCUCCUCAAUGGAGCUCCUCUGACUAAAAGUUUAUUCCAGCAGAGAUGUGGCUACGUUACUCAUGCUACGAAUUUUAUCCCAGGACUUACAGUUUCUCAGACCCUUCACUAUACUCCUACUAUUUUCACAGGCUACCUGAAAGCAUCAAAAGUUCGUCAGAUCCUAGCAGAUCUAGCACUGUCCCAAGUCAGCAAUAAGCGUGUUGAAUACCUAACAAUGAGCGAAAAACGUCGUCUUGCAAUCGGCGUACAGUUAGUUCGUGACCCAGUAAUGCUACUCCUGGAUGAACCUACUCAAGGCCUAGAUCCACUAAGUGCCUACCUCCUUAUCUCCAUCCUGUCCAACUCUGCGAAGAAGAGUGGAUGUGGAGUGUUGUUGUCUCUCGAAAAACCUCGCUCUGAUGUUUUUCCCUUCUUGGACAGGGCCUUGUUUUUGUGCCUCGGAGGAGUUGUUUAUUCAGGAGGAACCAGAGCUAUGUUGGAAUAUUUCCACGGGAUCGGUUUCCCAUGUCCACAGCUUGAAAAUCCUUUGAUGUACUACCUGUGCCUGUCAACAGUGGAUCGCAGAAGUCGCGAUCGUUUCCUUGAGUCCAGCCAGCAAAUUGAAGCUCUUGUAGAUCGAUUCGCCCGUGAAACUCCCAUUCCUGAAGCCCCCAUUAACCCCAUGACUGCUGGAAAGGUGCCCCUGGCUUAUGGGAAGCCCAAUGAGUUGAAAGUCUUUGGGACAAUUUAUUUGCGCCUUCUCGCUUCAACAUUCUCAUGUGGCUAUGCUGGCAUGAAGAAUCUCUUCUUGAGAUUAUUUGCCCUACCUCUGGCCAUGUGCACCCUGUGGCUCUUCUAUACAAAUCUGAAGGACGACCAGAGGGGCUUCUUCAGCAAGAGUGGAAUGGUUUUGAAUGUAUUGGGCCUGGCGUACGGUUCCGGAAUCUUGACGACAGUCACGACUUUUCCCAUUUGGAGGAAGAGAUUUGUUCAAGAACACUCCGAGGGAUUAUAUUCGGGAGCUUCUCUUCUUAUUGCCUACGACGCAGUAUCGCUUCCGUUUUCCUUCAUCUCUGCCGCUAUUGCUUCCUGUGUCAUCUAUCCAAUCAUUCUAAAUCCCACCAAACCCAUUGGAUCGGCAUUUUUGUAUCUUCUCAUUGCUCUUUGGACUAGCUUCGUGCUGGCAGAACAACUCUGCAUUUUCUUCCAUCUUUUUGUGAAAUCCAGGAUUAAUACAGCUGUCGCCGUGACCUACUUGCUGUGCAUCAGUUUAUCUCUGGCAAGUGGAACUGUGCGAUCCCACAAAGGACUCCUCACGUGGCUUCAGGAUAAUACACGUGGAACUCACACGCGGUACGCAUCCCUCCUGCUGCAUAACACCUUCUUCCUCUCUCGGCCAGUUAGCUGCAAUGCAGGACCUCAAACGGUCUGCAUAGCGCCCUUUGACUUCCUCUACGAGCGCCUCGGGAAGGCAGAUCCACAGGAGAGUGUUGAUCUUGCUCUCUCAAUUGCCUUCCCCAUUGGUCUUGCAAUCAUCAACAUGAUCCUCUACAUGAUGCCCCUGCCCAAAUUCCUUCGCAGGAAAUUUAGAGAUUAAUCACUAUAUAUUUAAUAUUUUUUCUAAUGCAUUUUAACGUUUUUUUUCUGCAAACUUUUCGUAUUUUUAGUGAGUUUUAUAUCGCCUAAAUGUAUGUGAAAUGAAAAUGUGAUCGUGGUUUUAAUGAUCGUCAAUAAAACGGAGAAAAAUCUCACGA